AUGGAUGAUCAACGUUUUAUUCAGGAAUACAUAAGAAAAAUCACAGAUGCAAGUGAGUAUUUCACUGUUAACGCCACAACAGGAUUUCUGUAUCAAAUAAGGAACUUUGAUUACGAAGACACCAGCAUCCAGUGCGGUUUGGGAAAAACUGAAGGAAUCUUAAAUAUCACUGCAAAGGACGGUCCUCAUACCGUAUCAACAAUCCUGAAUGUAAACUUUACUAACAUUGAUGACACUCCCCCCGUGUUUGUCAGAUCUGAAUGCUCCACUACCUGCUACUCUUGUCCAGUUCCUGAUAUUUCUGUUACGAUUGAUUACUUUGAUCAGGGAACGAUCAAAACUGAACCUAGCCACUUAAAGGCCAUCGAUACAGAUAGUCCUCAGUCAAAAAUUACCUACAAAUUAAUAGUUUAUCCUGAAACAUACAAAGAAAAUAUUGAGUUUGAAAAUGGUACAUUCAUUCUUAAUCAGUCGUUUGCAAACUUCUCCAACUUUGGUGAACCUUCAGACUUCAGAGUGAUUGUAGUUCUGCAGGCAUUUGGAAGUAACGGUCAGAAAUCAGAGCAUCUCGUUUUAAUAUUACAUGUAACAUUGCCUAAAACCACGACAAAAGACACAACAACCAUGGAUAAAGAAAUAUGUAUUCUUUCAACAACUACAGAAGGAAAACUUGACCAUCCGAUACUCGGUGAAUCUAAAUCGGAAUCAACAAAAGACAUAACCAUCAUUGUUCUCUCAAUAUCUACAGGACUGUUACUGGUAGUUAUAGUAGCAUUCUUUUUCUAUAAAAUAUGGUCCACUAGAACAAAACAAGAGAGUCCUAACCCAGGUUAUGAGGAAGUGAAAAGAGACAACAAUCAUCAGGAAAAUGUGUAUGCUACCAUAACAUUAUAA